AUGCCCUUGGAGGUCAGGUCAAACGUGCACUUGUUCCUGCUACGCCGGACAUGGACUGCAGCCACUAGCGAAAGGGCGCGCGCAGCGGAGGCUCGCUACCAAACCACUCGGCAUGAGAGCUUUGAGGACGAGGAAGUGCUGCCAGAGCUGUUUGGCGAGGAUGAAACGGACGACGACUCGGAUGAUCGUGACCUUGACGGAGCGAGUCCGGCCAGCAACCGCCGGGAACGGCGAAUGCAGGAGCGCCCUCAAACUACACCAGACGCUGAUAUAUCCUCUUCGCAGCCUCUUCCUGCUGACCAAACUGCUGCUCCAAGAGGACCUUUCCGACGUGUAACAUCGGCGCUCAAUGCAGGCUCCUCCAGCACUGCACACUCACUUCACGGCUCACAGGCGCCCUCUAACCGAUCUCACCUGCCCUUCACUGACCUCUACUCCCCUACAGUUGCCACCAACCUAGCCAACGACUACGACUCAAGAGUGCAAGGACGCAUCCUGAUCGGCACGGAUCAGGCACGUCCUGCCUUCUCCGCCCUCGACGAUGAUCCAGACAUCAUCCGUCACUCAACACACGCAGUAGAUGACUGCGCUCAUGGGUGCAGUGUGCGGGACAGCACGCAGCAUGGAUACAUAGAGUGUCCCGUUGCCCAGCUUGUCUGGCGCGAUGCCCUUCCAGUCCUUUACGCGCUCGAACCAGCGCUUGCUGGUGUUCCGUUCGACUUCAACUGUGAGCUGAUUCUCACAAGUUGGAAGCGGAGACGCUCCCCCGCCCAGACACGGCGAGAGCGAGUAAUUCUAUGGCGCAAUGCCGUCAUCCAAUAUAUUUGCACUCGGCGACACUCUCUCAUGGCUGCAGCGCUUGCAGCCGAUUCGACUGUUGUCUUUUGCUACCCAGAUGUAGCUCGGGGAGUUGCCAAUGUGCUCUUUUGACUGCUAGGACAUCUGCAUCAGGAAGUGUCGCCAACCCGCUUCAGCAAGAACUGGCUUGAUGGGUCGCGCUUUGUAAUGAUCGAUGAAGGUGGUCAUCUGAUCUUGCAAGAGCCUGCGCCAUGGGCUACAACUUAG